AUGGGGCUGCACGGCGUCAAGGCGGUGUUCUUCGAUCUGGACAACACGCUGAUCGACACGGCGGCGGCCGGGCGGCGCGCCAUCGAGGAGGUGAUAAGCGCCCUGCAGUCCAAGCACCACUACGGGGAGGGAGAGGCCCGCGCCGUCUGCGACAAGGUCCAGGCCAAGCUCCUCAAGGAGUGCCACGAUCCCGCCAAGAUGUGCAUCACAGACCUGCGGAUUUCGCACUGGGAGGAGGCGAUCCAGGAGACCAUCGGGGGGGAGGCGAACCGCGACCUGGCGGCCGAGUGCUAUUACCUGUGGAAGACGACGCGGCUGCAGCACCUGACGCUGGCCGAGGACACGCGGGCCAUGCUCACCGAGCUGCGGAAAGGCCUCCGCCUGCUGCUGCUCACCAACGGCGACCGGCAGACGCAGAGGGAGAAGAUCGAGGCGUGUGCCUGCCAGCCCUACUUCGAUGCCAUCGUGGUGGGGGGAGAGCAGAAAGAGGAGAAGCCGGCGCCAUCCAUCUUUCGUUACUGUUGCGAUCUCCUGGGGGUGCAGCCCGCAGAGUGUGUGAUGGUCGGUGACUCUCUAGAUACAGAUAUUCAAGGAGGCCUGAAUGCUGGCUUGAAAGCAACGGUCUGGUUAAACAAAGCAAUGACCGCCCCAGUAGAUACCUUCCCCGUACCUCAUUAUAUUAUUUCUUCUGUACUGGAUCUUCCAGCAGUUUUACAGAAGAUGGAGCACAACAUGAAUGCUAAGUUAGAAACUGACCAUAUGGCUAGUAGUGAUGAAGCACAUUGAUGAUGGUUCCAGCAUACUGAGACAUGCUGAGCUGUUAGGUGACACAUGCUCUUUUUAAAAAUCUGACCCUAGGAGUUUGAACUCAUCUAUGGUCUGUUUUAAACAGCAGAGGGAUGAACAAGAGCACAGUUGUCAGUGAAAACAGGACAGAAACACAGAAUUAUAUUAAUUUAAAUUAUGCAAGUGCAGUUAAUUUAAAGCAACUGCCUCUGUCAGGAAAUUCUUUUGACAGACUGUGGCAGAAGUCUAUCUGUCUCUGACCUAAGUUACCAGUCUCUUGUUUUUAUAGUAGAAAAGAAAAUUUGAAUGUUCUGAGCUUUCAUAUGCUUUGCUGACUUGUAAGCUUAGCAGAAGCUUCAGUUCCGACCUUGUGUGCCGUGUGUAAGAGAAGGUGAGAAAGAGAGUGUGGUACAAUCUGGUAAAUCUUCACAAUUGAUCUGCAGUUUAUCUCAGGAACUGGAGUGAAUUUCAUUAUUUCUCAGACUAUUAGAAAUGCUCUACCUUUGAUUUUUUUUUACAAGUUCCAGAUUUUUUUUUCAGACUUUGCAGUGACUUUUCUUUUAUGGAACCUGUAUCUCUUGCCAAAAGUACUUAAAUGUACAUCAAAAAUUUGCUUUUUUAUCGGGGACCAUUUAUCAGAGGGACUUGAUGAAUAAGCUUUUACUUCAUAUUAUCUUGGUGCUUACGCAGAUAUGCAGUAUACUUGUAAUUCAGAUUAUGAUUUUUUUUUAAAUGGAUAAAACAGGGAUCUUUUCAAUGGUGUUACUGUACUGUCAGACUCUUCAGAACCUACUGUCAUUGUUCUGUCUGAUUUUAUCAGUGAAUUUUGAUGAGAUUUUUUGGAGAAACUGUUCUUGGUUUUGCUCAGGUGUAUGACUACUCUGAUUCAGCUGUAGGAUCAGUGGCUUUUUUGACUGUUUUAAUGGCACUGCUAUAUAAUCCCUCCUUACUCCAGUUUACACGUGUAAUUUAUGUGAUUUAUUCUGGAGAAAAUACAAGCUAGUUGUAAAUGGCUCUCA